CGGAGAGAGGACGCGCAGUCUCCCCGAUUGAUUGAUUCGAAUCUUCCCCACAACGGACAAGCUCCACGAGUCUCCUCUCCCUCCCUCCCUCGUGCUGCUCGACCUCUUCCCCCCCCCCUGCGAAAGGUCCAAACCCCCAUUGUCACUCCCUUUCUCUUUCUCUUUCUCCGUCUCCAUCUCCAUCUCCAUCUUCUCUUUUUCUUUUCGCCCUCCCACCUCAGUUAUCUACAGCCUCACUGUGUCGAAUCUUCGUCUUCUCUCAACCCCAGAACCUCACUCCUCUCGCCCCCCCUGCCUCACGAAAUUCUCCCACCGCCAUGUCCAUGUUCGCCUCCACCUUCCGCUGGCUGCAGAGGAAGCGCUAUCAGUACGAGGUCACCUUCUCCCUCUACAUGUUGACGCCGACCGAGAAAUUCAUCUUCAAUUCUUUCCUCUUCCUCUUCUUCAGCAUGAUCAUCAUCGCCAUGACCCUGUAUCUGCCACAACAUCUCGCCUUCCUCACCAACCGCGCCUGGUUCUACUACAACGGCGAGGAGAGCGCCAGGGCUGCCGUCCAACCCAUGCUGGAGAGCGCUACCACCACCAUUCUGCUCGAGAAGGUUAAAGAGACGCUCGCUGCCCACGCCGGGAGCGUGGGCGCUGCCUCGGUCGUGUCCGAUGCGGGCAGAGAGUUAUAGGCCCGUCUCCGCCCUUGGAGCGGGAGGCGGUCGAGGGCAUGAUUUUGUACGAUAUGCGUAGUGUGAUUAGCGAGGGACGGAGUCUAGUCGGAGCGUCCUUCUUCUAGCUACGGAGGGUAUCUGGUCUUUUUCUGUUGCCAUGGUUUUUUUUGGGAGUUGGGCGUGUGUGUGUGCCGCUAGAACGGGGUUUGAAUGAUAAAAAUACCUAAGGAUAGUUGCAAGAGCAAUUUCAUCGCAUGUUGGACUUUUUACAUACAAGGAUGAGAUCUUCCGUUUCGGAAUAUCGAGGAUCUCGGGUAUGCAUAUAAGGUACUCGUGAACAGCGGCGCAAUAUGUUUAAGGUACCUGAG